AACACUAAAUUUGAUUAUCUAUAUAAUUAUUCUAAAAUAUAUUAUUGUUAUGUCAAAUAAUGAGUGGCAAAGUGUUUGCAUUUGUGUGUUCCGUGCUUUUCCUCGUCUUUUCGUUAUCGAAAUCGCAGGAAAAUUCCACCAACAGAGAUGAUAAUUUGACGAUACGAUACGAGAUAAAUACGGAUUCUACAACAAAUUAUAAUGACAAAACAAUAACACUGCGACAUGAUUUGCAUAAAAAUUUGAUAAAUAAUACACAAAAUGACAUAUUGCAGUAUGAAUUUCAUAUGAAUAAUAAACGCGAGGGUAAUGAUUCGAUUCAACAUAAACGUUACAAGCAUUCAAUGCAGAAUAAAGAUGAUGAGCAAAAAUCGAUGAAAUCUAACACAAAUUCGACAUAUGUCAAUCAUCAAAGGAAUUUCACGACUCAGGAAGUUUAUGAAAAUGUAAUUGAAAAGAAUGAUUCUAUGUCACUUGAAGUCUUCAAAAAUUCCAGCAAAGAUACUAAUGAAACUGUCAUCGUCCCAAACGAAAUGUGUCAUAAUGAUACUUGCAUUCGGCUCUGCUGUUCUCUUGGCGAGCGUCUGGUUCAUGGCAACUGCAUUCCUGAAGGAAUUGAAUACAUUUUUCCAAACGUAUACACGAACGAUUCGACGCAGAGCGAAAAGAGAGUGAACGAAUUGUUUGAGCUGGCCAUUUAUGAUUCGUGCCAGGAAGAGAAGUAUCUGCUUCCUGAAGAUUUUCAGUACGAUUAUAAGAUUUUUACCAACGGUUCUAUAUAUUUAAUUUAUUAUGAAAAAUUUGUUGAAUCGACAUCAUAUUGUCUCGCCGUUGUCGACGGGAAUGAAUUCCAAGUGACCUACUGUCCCGAAACUUAUGACAAGAAUGAGGAGAUAACUGAUAUAGAGCGCUUCAUUUAUAGCAUACCAAUUAUAUAUCUGAGUUUCUAUAUAGUAUCUACAUUACUUACGGGGUCAGUAUUUCUGGUGUAUUCUAUAUUGCCAGAACUCCGAAAUGUACACGGCUUUAUGUUGCGCAAUUACAGCGGUGCCCUGACUGUUGCAUACAGCAUUGACAUUGUGAUUAUUAUCAUAACGGGUGAUUUACCGUAUUCUGUUUGCGUUACAAAAGCCUUUUUAAAAUACUUUGGCUAUAUGGCGAGUUACUUUUGGUUAACUAUAAUGAGCUUUGAUAUGUGGUGCACAUUCAGGUUUAAUUUGUAUCUGAAGCUAUUUAUUAUGCGGUUUGUCGUGAUGGGGUUUGGCGUGGGUAUAGAAUGGUUUGUGGUAACGUCAUUGUUGUUUGAAGAAAUUCAGACUAGAAUAAUCAUUUUCUUCUUGUAUACUAUUAUCUUCCUAGACAUCGUGCAGAAUCUCUGCACCUUUAUUACAUUCAUAUGUAAAAAGAAGAUCAAGAUGAUGUUACUGAAGCGAUUUGGAUGCGGUUCACACGUUCGACAGACGACUGUAACAUCGAGCACUAUCACGUCUAAAGUAGCUAUGCAAGACAAGAAUUUUUACGCACAGCAUAACUGUCACGUUAAAAGUUCACCCAGUGGGACUGAACUCUAAAUUUCUAUGCAAAAUAUAAACGAAUAUUCUCUUCACUAAUUAUUCUUUGUAUUUUCCUUAUAAUUAUAUAUUUGUACAAUCAA